CAUCGAAGACCCCAAGACUACAACACUACUGCUUCGCUGCAUCUUCUUAGCUUCAUCUCUACACUGAGCAAGGCACAGCGCCCGCUAGUUCUAGGCUUCCGAUCAAGAGGACACACACACACACAUAUAUAUAUAUAUACAAAGACACAAUGGCCAUCAGCGCGAACCGCAACAUCAUCAUCGUAGGCGUGGGCUCCGCCAUGUCCCGCUCGCUAGCUAUGUGGCUGGCCAGUCUCGGCUGGAACAUCGCCUUGAUCUCCCGCACCGAGACAAGCCUUGCCUCGAUCGCCGAGGAAGUCCGCUACGCCGCUCCGGCACAAAACACCAUCAAGAUAGUCCACCGCGCCGCGGACGCCGGAGACCCGGCCAGCCUGACCUGCGCUCUGGAUUGGUGUCUGCAGCAGCUCGGCGGGACCCUCGACGUGCUCAGCUACAACGCCGCGCGGGUGUCAAACUCGUCCAUCACGGAGCUGACGCCGGAGGAGUUGGAACUCGACCUGCGCGUUUCCGCGAUCGGGACGCUCGUCGCUGGCCAGUGGUUCCGGGCCCAUGCGCGGGUGGAGAGCGUCGCCGACGGCGAGUGGCCCCUGUAUCUGGUGACAGGCGGCGUGCUGGACAAGCACCCCGACCCAAGUGUGGCGUCGCUGAGCAUCGCCAAGGCGGCCUCUCAGACGGUCAGUCGGAUUUUUGCGCAGGUCCUGCCGGAAGGUGAGGCGCGGAUCUUGGUGGGCAUGCCGCUGGUGGCGGGCCGCACGGUUGACCCGGUGAGCGGAGAGUAUUUCGAGCAGUAUCGUCCGGAUAAGAUUGUGCAGGCGCUCUUCAGGCCGUUCUUCGAGGAGAGGGAGCGAAGGCAGAAUGGUUUGGAGGGCUGGACGGUGGAACGCCAGCUGUGAUGGUGCACAGUGCUUGGAUAGGGGAACAAUAGGCCUGUCUCGGCUUUCCCGAGGGAGUUUCUCCGCUGAGCUCAUCUCAAAUAGUGCUCCUGGCAGGUUUUAAUGUGAGACAUGAGGGCGCGUGAUUUCAGACAGAUCUCCUUGUACAUGUUGAAGGGCAAGAAUGAGAAUCUGUUGUCUUGCAAUUGCACGCCAUUGUCGGCUAAUUGUCGGCUAACAAGCAAAAGUCUUUCAUGGUGCCGAUAGUU